CCUCCCAUCGUUGCCUCGUCCACUCGUCCACUCGUCCAACCUUUACUACCUCCUCCCCCACUUCCGUAUCCUGCGUUAUCGCAUCUCAUAGGUAUCAUAGAAGCAAGCUCCAGUAGAGCAAAUAUCGCCAAACUGGGGAAGCGCAAAUACGAGAACGGAGAUUUGCCUUUCUCCCCUAAGAGAACCAUGACCGAUACCAAAAUGGCUUCGGGCAUUCCUGAGGUCGACCUGGUCACCCGCGUCCAGGUCGAUAACUCUGCCGUUGGCCAAAGCGAGAUUGACGAGUCACUUUACAGCCGACAGCUCUAUGUUCUCGGCCACGAGGCCAUGAAGCGCAUGGGCGCAUCCAACGUGCUUGUUGUUGGCUUGAAAGGUCUCGGCGUCGAGAUCUCCAAGAACAUAGCUCUUGCUGGUGUCAAGAGUCUAACCCUCCACGAUCCCACACCCGUUGCCAUCGCCGACCUAUCAUCUCAGUUCUUCCUCCGCCCAGACGAUGUGGGAAAGCCGCGCGAUGCUGUCACAGCUCCCCGUGUCGCCGAGUUGAAUGCCUAUACACCCGUCGGCAUUCACGAAUCACCUAGCCUUGGUGACAACCUCUCCCAAUUUGACAAGUACCAAGUUGUCGUCUUAACCAACACCCCUCUCCACCUUCAGCUAGUUAUCGGCGAUUACUGCCACUCAAAAGGUAUUUACUUUGUAGUUGCGGAUACCUUUGGACUGUUCGGCUCGAUCUUCUGCGACUUUGGCAGCGAAUUCACGUGCCUCGACGCGACCGGCGAAAACCCAGUCAACGGAAUAGUAGCUGGCAUCGACGAGGAGGGUCUAGUUUCCGCAUUAGAUGAGACUCGUCACGGCUUAGAGGAUGGCGACUACGUUACAUUCUCCGAAAUUAAGGGUAUGGAGGCUUUGAACGGCGCUGAACCGAGAAAAGUAACGGUUAAGGGUCCUUACACCUUUUCUAUUGGUGAUGUCUCCGGACUUGGUCCGUAUCAGAGCGGAGGUCUCUACCAGCAAGUCAAGAUGCCUAAAUUCCUCGAAUUCAAGACGAUUUCUGCGGCUAUCCGUGAUCCCGAGUUCGUUAUCUCCGAUUUCGCCAAGUUUGACCGACCCCAACAGCUCCAUGUCGGGUUUGAGGCACUCCAUGCUUUUGCUCAGUCCCAGGGUCGUCUACCCCGACCGAAGAACGAGGAGGAUGCUGCUGUUGUUGUCGCAUCUGUCAAGGCCUUCAUCGAAAAGGAGAAGUUGGACCUUGAGAUCGACGAGAAGCUUAUUAAGGAACUCAGCUAUCAGGCUCAGGGAGAUCUUAACCCCAUGGCUGCUCUGUUCGGCGGUCUCACUGCGCAGGAAGUUCUAAAAGCUGUCUCUGGAAAGUUCCAUCCGAUCAAGCAGUGGUUCUACUUCGACUCGCUAGAGUCUCUUCCUACUAGCUGUGCCCGAACCGAGGAGCUCUGCAAACCAAUUGGAUCUCGAUACGAUGGUCAAAUCGCAGUCUUUGGUAAAGAAUUCCAGGACAAGAUCGCAAAUGUCAAACAGUUCCUUGUCGGUGCGGGUGCAAUCGGCUGCGAAAUGCUCAAGAACUGGGCCAUGAUUGGUCUAGGUGUAGGACCUAACGGUAAGAUUACUGUUACCGACAUGGACUCGAUUGAGAAGAGCAAUCUGAACCGUCAAUUCUUGUUCCGACCUAAGGAUGUUGGUCAGAUGAAGAGUGACUGCGCUGCCAAGGCCGUACAGGCUAUGAACCCCGAGCUCGUAGGCCACAUCGAGUGCUUGAAAGACCGUGUCAGCCCCGAAACUGAGCACAUUUUCAACAAGGAAUUUUGGGAAUCCUUGGAUGGAGUCACAAACGCUCUGGACAACGUAGAGGCACGAACUUACGUUGACCGACGAUGUGUCUUCUUCCGUAAACCUCUUCUCGAGAGCGGUACUCUCGGCACUAAAGGAAACACACAGGUGGUCCUCCCCAUGCUAACAGAAUCCUACUCGUCCUCUCAGGACCCUCCUGAGGUAUCGUUCCCUAUGUGCACUCUAAGAAGUUUCCCGAACAAGAUUGAGCACACUAUCGCGUGGGCCCGCGAGCUUUUUGAGACGUCCUUCGUGAAGUCUGCCGAAACAGUCAACUUGUAUCUGUCUCAGCCCAAUUAUCUCGACACGACACUUAAGCAAGGUGGUAACGAGAAGCCGACUCUGGAGAUGAUUCGUGACUACCUUGUAACGGACAAGCCUCUUAGCUUUGAAGACUGUGUCAUCUGGGCGCGAAUGCUAUUCGAGAAGCAGUACAAUAACGCAAUUCAGCAGCUCCUUUACAACUUCCCGAAAGAUUCCGUGUCCUCCAGCGGUACUCCCUUCUGGUCCGGCCCCAAACGUGCCCCGGACCCAUUGAAGUUUGACCCUAAGAAUCCUACUCAUUUCGAUUUCAUCGUUGCGGCUGCCAACCUCCACGCAUUCAACUAUGGCAUCAAGACUAAGGGUGUGAACAAGGACCUCUACCUGAAGGUGUUGGAUAACAUGAUCGUUCCUGACUUCUCACCCGAUCCGGGUGUCAAGAUCCAGGCCAACGAUAGCGACCCUGAUCCGAACUCUAACAAAAACGUCUCUGCAUUUGACGAUAACACCGAGAUACAGAAUAUCGUCUACAGCCUCCCGGCGCCCAGCGAGUUGGCCGGGUUUAAGUUGACGCCCGUCGAGUUCGAGAAGGACGAUGACACCAAUCAUCAUAUUGAUUUCAUCACAGCGGCUAGCAACUUACGAGCUGACAACUACAAGAUCGAGAAGGCUGAUAAACACAAGACGAAAUUUAUCGCCGGAAAGAUCAUCCCGGCUAUCGCCACUACGACGGCAUUGGUCACAGGCCUUGUUAUCCUAGAGCUGUACAAGAUCAUCGACGGAAAAGAUGAUAUCGAGCAAUACAAGAACGGGUUUGUCAACCUCGCGCUACCAUUCUUUGGCUUCAGCGAGCCCAUUGCCAGCCCCAAGGUUGAAUACAGGGGACCAGACGGCAAGGUCACGCUAGACAAGAUUUGGGAUCGAUUUGAGGUUGAAGAUAUAACCUUAGCUGAGCUGCUAGACGAUUUCCAAAAUCGUGGUCUUAACAUUAGCAUGCUGAGCUCGGGAGUAAGCCUGCUUUACGCCAGCUUCUUCCCGCCCCCGAAGUUAAAGGAGCGAUACCCGCUCAAGCUGAGCCAGCUUGUGGAGACUGUCUCUAAGAAGCCCAUUCCGGAACACCAGAAGGAGCUCAUCUUCGAGAUGGUGGCUGAGGACUUGGAUGAGGAAGACGUGGAAGUGCCAUACAUCAAGGUUCACAUCCGCUAGAUGACUAGCUGCCCAGUAUACCACGAACUGUGCGGUGCUUUUUACUCGUGCAUUUUAUUCAGUUUUAGGGAUUAUGAGGAUAGAAGUCUUGUAUGGAGGGGGUUAGCAUGCGCCAUUAGAGUGCAUCAUUUGCUUUUUGAGCUUAAUUGCAGCUUCUGCCGCAAGUGCCCAAGGUAAUUAGUCGCAAAUAGACUUAGUUUUACCCAAGCCGCUCUAUUGACCGUCCUUACAUUUUAUUUAUUUUAUUUGAGGUCCUUUGGUACCUUACUUAGUCCCCUUAUUUGUAAUGUCCUCCUCCUAUUUGUAAAAUCCA